AGCUGCAAAAUUGGUUGGCAAUGGAAUUAUCCAUUCAAAGAUUCACUCACCGCAUUCUUCCCUUAACUCAUCACUACUUCAGACCCAUUUCGCGGACCCGACCCGGCGCAUUCGGACCUCCUGUAAGAAACCGGAGCUCCAGUUCGGCAGCCCGAGCCGGAUGGUUCCUGGGCAUGCGCGAGAAGAAGGAUGUGCUGCCGGAGAUCGUGAAAGCCGGCGACCCGGUCCUCCACGAACCGGCUCAGGAGGUUCGACCCGAGGAAAUCGGGUCGGAUCGGAUCCAGAACAUUAUAGAUUCGAUGGUGAAGGUGAUGAGAGCGGCGCCUGGGGUUGGCCUCGCUGCUCCACAAAUUGGCAUCCCUUUGAAGAUAAUUGUUCUGGAAGAUACAAUAGAGUACAUGAGAUAUACGACAAAGGAAGAGAUCAAGGCACAAAACAGACAACCUUUUGAUCUUUUGGUUGUGAUCAACCCCAAGUUGAAAAAGAAGGGCAACCAAAGUGCUUUCUUCUUCGAAGGCUGUUUGAGCGUUGAUGGGUUCAGAGCGAUAGUGGAACGACACUCAGAGGUGGAGGUUACAGGUUUUGACCGAUUUGGCCAAGCAAUCAAAGUUGAUGCUUCGGGGUGGCAAGCUAGGAUUUUUCAACACGAAUGCGAUCAUCUUGAUGGAACACUCUACGUCGACAAGAUGGUGCCAAGAACAUUCCGAACUGUAGAAAAUUUGGAUUUGCCACUCGCUGCUGGUUGCCCUAAAUUGGGUGCUCGCUAACCAUUUGCGUUUAAGAAACUCACCAGAAUUCUAUUGGAAAUUGUUUUUGCUUCUUCUUUUUGUCGCAUUAAUUCGUCAAGGAUGUAUGCCGAAGAGUAAAACUAAGCACAAUUUGAUUGUGACAAACAUGCUCAUUGAUGAUAUUUUUGACAUGUUAUGUGAAUUAGAUUCUUUUUCUUUUUGUA